AUGAGCCAGCAAGUAUCUGAGGGCAACAUGGAUGGUAGCCGAUUACCCGGAAACCCGUCCAUCGGUGAGCCCAUUUCGUUCGCGGCUGGCCAAUUUGCCGGGAGAACAUUGCGCGCGGAGUUGUGUGAGGUCCAAAAGGCAAAUCUUGGCCGCAAGUAUACGCGCAAGGAUCGUCGCCCACUUGAUCCACCUCCAGUGGUGGCUCUGAAGUUGUUCGAGAUUUCCAAGUCUGGGGCUGGGGUAGUAGAGAAGGAAUUUGAUCACUAUAAAUAUAUGGACACGCUUAGUCUGUUAUGCCACGUCGACUUGUUUCCUAUCCCUCAAUCCCGGUCAAAUUCGCAAGCGGCUCCACUUGCUCGGAAAUUUCUUCCAUUGUUUUCCUCAUUAGAAAAUGAGAUACGUUCUCUCGACCAUCCAGCCUGGUUUUCAUCAACGAAGGGUCUGUCAUCCUCCGCCCAGCAGUGCGCAUUGCCAGGACAGACAGCCGGUACGCAUGGCAAUGGCCCAGUGCGACGCACGUCAGGCGUAGCGACCGAUUACAAUGGCCUUCCUAUUGCCGAAUGCGACAGAUGCACCGCAGACCUCGCUGGUUCUACAGUCGCCGAGGCCGUCUGCAUGGACCACAAGGGGAAGACCGCGUUGAUGUUCAUAUUCUCUGAUCUCUCCGUGCGCAAAGAAGGCUCUUUCGUACUGCGCUAUCGCACCUUCGACAUCAUGUCGAAAGUGGCAGACUAUCCGACUGACAUUCCAGUCUUAGCCGAGUGCUGGAGCGGACCUUUCCAAGUGUUUUCUACGAAGACGUUCCCUGGAUUGGAACCAUCGACUGACCUCACCAGGCACAUUGCGCGGUACGGGGUACGCGUUAAUUCCCGGGAGACCGACCGUCGGAAGCGCAGGCAGAGCGAUGUUGAUCCGUCGCGGGACAUGCGGCGCGAACCGUUGCGGAUUGCCCCCUUUCAUUCCGCCCCAGAGACGGCAUCCAGCUCUUUAUCCCCCACUUCUCCUGUAUCUCCGGUAACCUCAUAUUUGGGCACACCAGGGAGGAGACGACCCUGA